UUCUCUUUGCUGCGUUUAUUUACAUGAAUCACUUAUGCCGCCCCAAGGGGGCCAUUCCUGGGCAUUCAAGGGGGUUGUGUGUCAAGCGUGCAGGGCGAGGCACAGCAGUCAGGAGCCCAAUCCAGCUGUGUGAAUUUGGGACAUUCACUGCCUCUCUCUGAGCCUCAGUUUCUUCGUUGUCAUUUAGGGAAAUCAGAGCGAUUCCAUCCUUUCUGGGCUGGUGAGAGGAUUUCAUUGGCCCGUAAAGAGAGUGCUUUGUCUGCGAAGCAGCCCGGACAGGCACAGACGUGAGGGCCGGAGGGAGCUGCCCUCUGACCCACAAGAGCGCGGGCGCGGGGCUUUUCUCGGUUACACAAGGCCACCCGGGUGGAAGCCACGGCUGGGGGGCGCGCAUCUGUCGAGGGGGAAGGGCGAGCGGCCCGCGCGCAGAGCCCGUCGCCGUCCUUAGAGCUCGGUGGCCCGGUGCCCUCGGAGGCUCGCGGAACUGCGGGAUGGCGCAAAGGAGGGACACGCAGUGUUGGCGCCUGCUGUGGCUGCUUUCCAUCUCCGUGCUUCUCCCCGCUGUCACCCGGACCCGCUCCGCGACAGAAUUGGCUUCCCAGGGCCACCUGGACCUCACGGAGCUCAUCGGUGUCCCGCUGCCCUCGUCCGUGUCCUUUGUCACUGGCUAUGGUGGCUUCCCGGCCUACAGUUUCGGGCCUGGUGCCAACGUCGGCCGCCCGGCCAGGACCCUCAUCCCACCCACCUUCUUCAGGGACUUUGCCAUCAGCGUGAUGGCAAAGCCCAGCAGUGCCCGAGGCGGCGUGCUCUUUGCUAUCACAGAUGCCUUCCAGAAGGUCAUCUACCUGGGCCUGCGGCUCUCAGGAGUGGAGGACGGCAGCCAGCGGGUCAUCCUGUACUAUACGGAGCCCGGCUCCAAGGUGUCCCACGAGGCUGCCGCCUUCCCGGUGCCCGUGAUGACCCACAGGUGGAACCGCUUUGCCAUGGUUGUCCAGGGCGAGGAAGUGACCCUCCUUGUGGACUGCGAAGAACACAGCCACGUCCCCUUCCCGAGGUCCUCCCGGGUCUUGGCCUUCGAGCCCAGCGCGGGAAUCUUCGUCGGCAACGCAGGAGCCACGGGGCUGGAGAGAUUCACUGGGUCUAUACAGCAGCUUACCAUCCACCGUGACCCCAGGACUCCCGAGGAGCUGUGUGAAGCUGAAGAAUCCUCGGCGUCAGGAGAGACCAGCGGGCUUCAGGAUACAGACAGAGUAGCUGAGAUCUUGGAAGCCGUCACCUACACUCAAGCCCCGUCUAGAGAAGCAAGAGUUGGCCCCAUCAACACACCUCCAAUCCUGUCUUCUCCCUCUGAGGAUGCAGAGCUUUCCGGUGAACCUGUACCUGAGGGGCCCCAGGAAACCACCAACAUGAGCGCCGUCCCGCACAGCAGCCCCAAGCAAGGGUCUGGUGAGAUCCUGAAUGACACACUGGAGACAGUUGAUACUGUGGAUGGUUCCCCCAUUACUGACACUGGCUCGGGGGAUGGGGCCUCCCUUCAUGUCACUGAAGAGGGUCCACAUAUGGAAGAAGGUUUGGCAGCAACAGCAGCAGCUGGGGAGGCCGAGGUGUCCAUCAGCACUGCCAGGGAAGCAGAGGCCGGCAGUGUGCCCACCGAGGGACUGACCCUCUCCAUGUCCACCGAGCACCCUGGGGAAGGGGUCACUCUGGGUCCAGAUAACGAAGAAGGUUCAGCAGCGACAGCAGCAGGGGAGGCCGAGGUGCCCGUCAGCAGUGCCGGGGAAGCAGAGGCCAGCAGUGUGCCCACCGGGGGACUGACCCUCUCCAUGCCCACUCAGGACCCUGGGGAAGGGCUCACUUUGGGUCCAAUCAGUGAAGAAAGCUUAACAAUAGCUACAGCAAAAGUGCCCCUCAGCACUUUUGCGGAAGAGGAGGCCAGCGGGUUCCCCACUGAUGGCCUGGUUCCCCUCACACCCACAGCGGCCCCCAAGCAAGUAGUCACUUCCGGUCCUGGUGAUGAAGACUUAGCAGCAGCCACAACAGAGCAGUCCCUUCCCACGGCUGGGGCAGAAGAGUUGGGUGGCGCUCUCCCUGAGGGGCCCCCGCUUCCCAUACCCACAGUAGCUCCUGAAAGAGGAGUCCCUCCGGGUGAAGCUGGGGAGGGGCUUCCUGACCCCCUUGGACCUGCUGGACCCACGGUGGGAGUGGAGGCUGAGGGCUCCAGCCUGGGCUGGGGCGUGGACGUCGGCUCUGGUGACCCAGUGCCCAGCGAGGAGCUGUUAAGAGGUCCUCCAGGUCCCCCAGGCCCACCUGGGUUACCUGGGAUUCCAGGAAAACCAGGAACUGAUGUUUUCAUGGGACCCCCUGGAUCCCCUGGAGAAGAUGGACCUGCUGGUGAACCUGGUCCCCCGGGCCCUGAGGGAAAGCCUGGACUUGAUGGAGCCUCUGGCCUUCCUGGAAUGAAAGGGGAGAAGGGAGCAAGAGGACGUAAUGGCUCAUUUGGUGAAAAGGGUGAUCCCGGCAACAGAGGCUUACCAGGACCCCCAGGGAAAAAUGGACAAGUUGGCGCUCCUGGGGUCAUGGGACCCCCAGGGCCCCCUGGACCCCCUGGGCCCCGAGGCCCUGGAUGUACAAUGGGACUUGGAUUUGAGGAUACUGAAGGCUCUGGGAGCAUCAGGCUAUUGCAGGAGCCCAGAAUCUCUGGACCAACGGCUUCAAGUGGUCCCAAAGGAGAAAAAGGAGACCAGGGACCCAAGGGUGAAAGAGGGAUGGAUGGAGCCAGCAUUGUGGGACCCCCUGGGCCCAGGGGGCUACCAGGGCGCAUCGAGGUCUUAUCUAGUCCUUUGAUCAACAUCACCCAUGGAUUCAUGAAUCUUUCGGACAUUCCUGAGCUCGUCGGGCCUCCGGGCCCCGAGGGCAUGCCUGGGCUGCCAGGAUUUCAAGGACCCAGAGGACCAAAAGGUGACACUGGUGUGCCUGGAUUUCCAGGACUAAAAGGAGAACAGGGUGAGAAGGGAGAGCCGGGCGCCAUCCUGACGGGGGAUAUUCCUCUGGAACGGCUGAGGGCCCGAAAGGGUGAACCUGGAGAGCGUGGAGCCCCGGGACCGAUGGGGCCCAAAGGACCACCAGGACACAAAGGAGAAUUUGGCCUCCCUGGACGACCCGGUCGCCCAGGACUGAAUGGCCUCAAAGGCGCCAAAGGAGAUCGAGGGGUCAUGAUGCCGGGCUCACCUGGCCUACCUGGUCCUCCAGGCCCCCCAGGACCACCUGGAGCUGUGAUUAACAUCAAAGGAGCCGUCUUCCCAGUUCCAGUCCGGCCACACUGCAAAACUCCAGUUGGUACCACGUAUCCUGGAAAUUCAGAACUCAUCACUUUUCAUGGUGUUAAAGGAGAGAAAGGAUCCUGGGGUCUUCCCGGCUCAAAAGGAGAAAAAGGCGACCAGGGGGCGCAGGGACCACCAGGCCCUGCUGUGGAUCCAACUUACCUGAGACAUUUUCUGAACAGCUUGAAGGGGGAGAACAGAGACAAGGGGAUCAAAGGAGAAAAAGGAGACUCUGACAGCGGCUUCUCUGUGUCAGGGCCCCCGGGCCUGCCAGGAAGUCCAGGCCUGGAGGGCCAGAAAGGGGAGACCAUCAUCGGGCCCCAGGGACCCCCAGGUGCUCCUGGCCUGCCUGGGCCACCUGGCUUUGGGAGACCUGGUUCCCCUGGGCCACAGGGACCCCCGGGGCCACCAGGACCUCCGGCUAUCCUAGGAGCAGCUGUGGCCAUUCCAGGCCCACCUGGCCCUCCAGGACAGCCAGGGCUUCCCGGAUCCAGGAACCUGGUUACAGCAUUUAGCAACAUGGCUGACAUGUUGCAGAAAGCCCAUUUGGUCAUAGAAGGGACAUUCAUCUACCUGAAGGACAGCACCGAGUUUUUCAUUCGUGUCAGAGAUGGUUGGAAAAAAUUGCAGCUGGGAGAACUGAUCCCCAUUCCGGAUGACAGCCCACCUCCCCCUGCGCUUUCCAGCAAUUCUCAUCACCUUCAGCUUCCACUGGCGUCUAUUUCAAGUGCUAAUUAUGACAGACCUGCACUACACUUGGUCGCUCUGAACACGCCAUUUUCUGGGGACAUUCGAGCUGAUUUUCAGUGCUUCCAGCAGGCCAGGGCAGCAGGACUGUUGUCCACCUACGAAGCAUUCUUAUCCUCCCAUCUGCAAGAUCUCUCUACAGUUGUGAGGAAAGCAGAGAGAUAUAGCCUUCCAAUAGUGAACCUUAAGGGCCAAGUACUUUUUGAUAAUUGGGACUCAAUUUUUUCUGGCCAUGGAGGUCAGUUCAAUACACAUGUUCCAAUAUAUUCCUUUGAUGGCCGAGACGUAAUGACAGAUCCUUCUUGGCCCCAGAAGGUUGUUUGGCACGGCUCCAGCACCCACGGAGUCCGUCUCGUGGAUCAGUACUGUGAAGCGUGGCGAACCGCCGACAUGGCAGUCAUGGGCUUGGCCUCCCCGCUGAGUACCGGGAAGAUUCUGGACCAGAAAGCAUACAGCUGUGCUAAUAGGCUAAUUGUUCUGUGUAUCGAAAACAGUUUCAUGACAGAUGUGAGGAAGUAAUGACCUUCCCAUGAUUCUUAAGAGUUUUCCAAUUUUUUUUUUUAUGUGAAGAGUUGACACUGAAAUCUAAAAUGUUUAAACGUUGUAAAUAUUAGUUUUUUAUUACACAUUCAUCACAACAGCAACCAAAGAAAACAUACCUCAAUACACUCAAAACUGAAGACAGAAAGGACUCAGAUCAAAGAUAAAAUCUGAUCCAUCUAUUGGUGCUAGAUUCUGCAGGAAACCCAUGCAGUGUAAACACAUCCCAACACGGUUAACAGCAAGUUGAAAACAAAGGCCUUGGCACUCUGCCCACUGCAUCCUUCAGAAAGUGAUUUCCUUCUUUUAACCGUUGUUGAGUGUAAGAUGUCCUUCAUGUUUUCUUACAAAGUCAGUGUUUAGAAGUGUACCCCUUUCUAAGUUAUGUGCAGACCAAAUGUUUUGUUCUUUAAUAUACAUCCAUUGUUUGCAACUGCUAUUCAUACAGAGAAACAGAACUGCUCAAAAUGAUCCUAUUUGUAUUUUCUGAUAUUACCAGACUUUAAUGUUUUUUUCCUAAAAUAUUAUUGCCAUCUUGCUUUAGGAGUUUUAUAUUUUGACACAACGUAUUUUAGUAUGGUAUCUGUUUAUAUAAAUGACUUGCUGGAAAAGUUUAAACUCCCAAUGAUCUGAAACUAGAGAAGAAAUAGCACAUAAUUACUACCUUUCCUGUGGUGGCCCUUUCCCCACACCCCACCCUGAUUUUAUAACUUCCAUUUGGCAAUGCUUGAAUUAUAACUGCGAUUCAACAAACAGGUUCAUGAGGAUGAAUUUUCUGAGACACGUAUACCUUCAUGCUGUACACUUUGAUUCUUUUUUUUCCAUGUAAGUGAACAUAAAAACAUCUUUUCCAGGC